AUGGGGAACGAAACAUGGCGGAGUACGAGGACAAAGUGCAGCGGAAGAUCUGUGUCCAGAGAAGGCUGUUCGAUUCUGGACUGAAGUCUACAGGCACCGGCAACCGACAGCUGUCAGUGAGUAAAGAAGAGGUUCCUGUGCAGCAGCAGAAGUGGAGCUCUGGUGAAGACCUGGAGUCCACCUACAUUAAAGAGGAACAGGAAGAACUGUGCACCAAUCAGGAGGAGGCACUGAUUCAAGGUCUGGAGGACAGUGAUAUUAUUGAGUUCAUAUUCAGUCCUGUCACUGUGAAGAAUGAAGAUGAUGAAGAGGAGCCUGAAUCUUCACACCCUCAUCAAAGUCUUACCAGGGAGAACAGAAAGGACUGUCGAGGACCAGAAUCAGCCAAGAACUCAUGUCCAGAUGGACAUUUAGGACCACUUAGUGAAGGCCAUGCUUCUGAAUUGUCUGCAGUUAAAACUGAAGUCAAAGAGGGUAAUUGGAAGGAGAAAGGUGAGCCUCAGUCUGGUUUAAACACGAAAAAGGACCUCCUACCUGCUGUCAAUGGUACGACAUGUACAAACGAGAAGAAACCAUUUAGUUGCUCUGAGUGUGAUAAGAGAUUUGGCUUCAAUUUCCAACUCACCAGACACAUGUUAAUUCACACAAGAGAGAAACCCAGCUGCUCAGUAUGUGGUAAAACGUUCAGCCAAAAGGCUUAUCUGAAGUUACAUGAGAGGACUCAUACAGGAGAGAAACCAUUUCAUUGUGUUGCAUGUGGCAAAAAAUUUAGCAGCAAGGAAACUCUGAAGAGACAUGUCACAAACCACACUGGAGAGAAACCAUUUAGUUGCUCUGAAUGUGGCAAUAGAUUUAACCUGAAAGGAGAACUGCUGAGACACAUGGUAGUUCAUACUGGAGAGAAACCGUUUAAAUGUGCUGAAUGUGGUAAACGAUUCACCCAAAAGAACAACUUAGAGAGACAUACGAGAACUCACACUGGAGAAAAGCCCUUUAGUUGCUCACAGUGCGGCAAAAGAUUUGGCCGAAAGGAAGACGUGCAGAGACAUAUGUUAAUUCAUACAGAUGAGAAACCGUUCAUGUGUUACGAGUGUGGUCAAGGGUUUAACUACAGUAACCUUCUGAAGAUACACAUGAGAACGCACACAGGAGAGAAACCAUAUAGUUGCUCGGUGUGUAGUAAAAGGUUCAAUCGAAUAGGAGAUAUGCAAAGACAUAUGAGACUUCACACAGGUGAGAAACCGUUCCGUUGCUCUGAGUGUGGUAAAAGAUUCAAGCAAAGUGCACAACUGAAGGUGCAUGAGAAAUUUCAUACAGGAGACAAACCAUUUAGUUGCAUUGAAUGUGGUAAGAGAUUUUUCUUUAAGUACAUGCUGAAGUCACACUUAAGAAUUCAUACAGGAGAUAAGCCAUUUAGUUGUUCUGAGUGUGGAAAAAGCUUUAUACAAAAGAACUGUCUGAGAGCACAUGAAAAAAUUCAUACAGAAGAGAAAGUAAAUGUGGUGAAAGAUUUAGCUGAGAGGAUGAACAGGUGAGUCAUACUGAAGAGAAAAUAUGAAUUCUUUUAUGUAUUGUUUUUUUCCAAAUGUCCAUGUGAGAACACAGAAGGAAAAGCCAUGGGUUAUUCACAGCAAGCCAUUUUCAAUAUGUCUGCAGCCAAAUUUCCAUUGUUCAUGUCUGAAAAGAAAUUUAGUAGAACAGAGAGGGAAGAGGACCAGACCCAGAUUGGAACUCUGUUUCUAACUGAUAUUUACAAUAGGUAAUGAGACCAAAAUGACAUGGAGGAUGAUCAGUGAGCUAUGGUUUUUUAAAUACAUUACAGCGUCAAAAAUGUAGCUUGUGCUAUAACACAAAAAACUGUGGUGAAAAAAGUGCAUCUGAAAUAAUUAAGCCCGGCUUGUCCUAACCUGGCUUGCUCUACUUGUACUUCUACUUGUCAUGUAUAGAACCAGAAUGGACUGAUGUGACUAUGUCAAGUCUGGCUUUCUCUGUAAUCCUGAAUUCCUUAAUUUCUGUUGUGAAAUAGACCUCUGAGUAAAGUCAGUUUUUCCAAAACAUCAAACCACUCUGUGCUGGAUACACUACAUGGGGUUGAGUUAUUCAAAAACAAACUGACAUCUAAAAGUGUUAAAGAAAAUGUAUGAGUCAUAAAAUUGGAACAAAAGUGAAAUAUACAUGACUGGCAGCUGUGAAACCAGAAUAAACAUGUUGUAGACACAGAAAUACUCACCCAAUAAACUCUCUCCCAGUUUAAUUGUAUGCUAUAUCAUGAAUGUCCUUUGCAUUAUCUUGCCAUUAAACAGCCAUUUUUAAUGAA